GUGCAUCGAAGAUAUUGUUCACAGAAUCUAGUCGUGCCAACAGGGGAGUGCUGCCUGCGACGCGUAGCCUCUUUGACUCUCGACAAAGCGACGAUCGAGAAACAUGUAGACAGACCGAAGUUUCUGCCGCAGGAGCUGGAUUUCAGCCUCUACGAGAAAUUUCAAGGUCAGAUGUUAGUGAAUUGGUUUUGCUCGGCCUUUCCUGAAGAUCACCAUCUAAGCCGUCAAGAGUUGAGGCUAAUGGCCGCUCAGUUCAGCACCAAUUUGCUUUACGCCGGGGUUCUACGUCCUCUAGACCCAGAGAACAAUGAUGGACUCUUUAGGCCAGAUCAAAUGUACCAGUGGUCAAAACUAGAGCCAUCGUCUCCUCCUUCAGCCUAUACCACACCUGGUCGCCUGUCCCCCAGUGCUUGGCCUCCCAAGACUCCGAUGUCCCCUGCUUAUUCCGAACGGGAUUUGAAAGAAGUCAUUUCUGAGUUGUAUGAUCAACGUGUACAGAAAGAUCAUGAGAAAAGUUCUGUCUUCCAUCUCAAGCCGUCUCAUCGAAUUGGUGAAUACGAGGAAAAAGUCGCUCGGUUGGAGCUUCAGCUGGAAAAAUACCAGACUCUAACGGAAAUUGAAGAGCUCACCAGGAGAGCCAAAUAUGUCUCUUGUCCAACAUCUCCUCAUUCACCUUGUGCAGCUACCCAGACCGAGCCACCACGUCCUACUCUCUCUUCUUCCAGCCAAUAUGACAUUGCGUCCUGCACCUUCCUACUUACGCGCUCCCGCUUUGUACAGACUGAAUCAAUCCGCUCCUUGAGCAGGAGUAUUCAAACAGACGUUGGUUCUCCUUUAGCCCGAAAUUCUGUUAGAGUCCAAACAGAAGAUGCGGGUCCGGACGUCAUUCGUGGAUUGCCUAGGGUCAACUCGGAUGUCUCCGAAAUAUUGCCGUCGCUUGUUACGGAGAGAAAACCCUAUUUCUAUAGACCUUCUGGAAGUGUUUCUUCCUUUUCGCUCAGUUCAUCCACUCUUCUGUCAGAGGAACCAGAAAUAAAGACUGAAGAACAUUAUCCAAUUCGCGGCACGCAAUGUGAACGUUGCCAGAAACCUGAAACAGUUGCCGUCUGCACACAAACGGAUUUAGAAUCCACUUGUGAACUACAAACCUCAUCCAAAGAAACGGGUUCCUCUCUCACUUGCCAGAUACCUCAGCCACCAUCCAUAUCUACUAUCCCUCCUCCUCCUCCUCCAAUGCCCGGAAUGAGUAAUAUGCCAGCGCCAUCUCCGUUCUCUGGAAUACCUCCACCGCCUCCAAUGCCAACAACAUCUUCAAUACCACCUCCACCUCCUAUGCCUGGAACUUGCUCUAUACCACAGCCUCCUCCAAUGCCAGGCUCUGGCAUCCCACCGCCUCCUCCGAUGCCAGGCUCUGGCAUUCCACCACCACCUCCGAUGCCAGGAAGUGGAAUUCCACCACCACCUCCGAUGCCAGGAAGCGGAAUUCCACCACCACCUCCGAUGCCAGGAAGCGGAAUUCCACCACCACCUCCGAUGCCAGGAAGCGGAAUUCCACCACCCCCACCAAUGCCGGGAAGCGGUAUUCCACCACCGCCUCCAAUGCCGGGAAGUGGCAUACCUCCACCUCCUCCACCACCAGGCUGUGGUUCCCCACCUCCACCCCCACCACUUCCGGGAAUGACUGGUCCUCCAAUGUACAACUAUCCUUCACCACAGGUAUACAUCGUGCGGAAGCCAGCUAUUAUUCCUAAAACGGCUAUGAAACCCUUAUACUGGACAAGAAUCCAAAUGAACACUCCUGCAGCAGUAAAACAGGAGAGUGAGUGCCUUUGGGACAAUCUGGAGGAGACUCCACUCGAAAGCUGGGACGAGUUCGAAGAACUUUUCUCGAAGCCUAUAACAAAGAAAAAGACUUCUGAUGAAAAGCCAAAGACCGCCCAGUCAAAGACAAAAGAAGUAGCCAAGCUUUUAGAUCAAAAAAGGUCCCAGAAUGUUGGUAUACUCAUAUCUAGUCGGCAUCUGGAUAUUACAGAAAUUCAGCAUGCUUUGUACAAUUUUGAUAGUUCCGUCGUCGAUAUCGAAACGCUCAAAUCCGUCUAUGAUAUCCGGCCUACUCCCGACGAAUUGCAAUCUAUCUCAAACCACAGAGCCGCCCAGACCGAUGUGCCUCUCGACAAACCAGAACAGUUUUUAUGGGAACUUUCUCGAAUUCCUGAUUACGCCAUCCGUAUAGAAUGUAUGAUGUUUCAUGCCUCCUUUGCAGAAACUCUCGCUCAAAUCGAAAGCAAGCUGGAUAACCUGAAAUUAACCUGUCAGUGUCUAGAGGGCAAAAAUGUACAAAGGAUCAUCAGCAUAGUUUUGUCCCUCGGCAAUUACAUGAACGGAGGUAACGGUAACCGCGGUCAAGCUGAUGGAUUCGGCCUAGAAAUUCUUUCCAAACUCAGGGACAUCAAGAGCAAGGACAACUCCCUCACUUUGCUGCAUUAUGUCGUGAAAAUAUAUUCAAGACUUUUUGAAAAAGACAAAGCGGCCGUUGAUUGCCAUCUUCCUGUCCCAGAACCUUCUGAUCUGGAACGUGCCGGAACAUUGCAGUUCGACGAAGUCAGGAAAGAACUUGACAAACUUUAUGUUCAAACGGCAGCUUGCGAGAGGAAAGUGACUCAAAUACUUAAAUCUUCUGAUGAAGUACAUCAGCAGCCAAUUAAAGAAAGGAUGGAAACCUUUUUACACAAAGCGCUCGUGGAGACACGACUGCAAAUAGAAAACUUAGAUAAAUGUAAAAUACAGUUCAAGAAGACGCAAACUUUUUUCAAAUUUCAACCUAAGUCAAAUAACGAAAGUGAAUGGCCAAAAGAAUUUUUUGGUUUGUGGAUCUCUUUCUGUUCUGAUUUCAAAGACAUAUGGAAAAAAGAACAGCAUAAGAGGCACCAAGAACAAACGGAAAAGGUCAGGAAAAGCUUUCUGAAAAGGGAAGCAGAAAAGAAUGCCAUUGUCCGGGUCAAAGCCAAGCCUACAGGACUGAAAGCAAGACUGAACAAAUUACGUCAACAGACUUCGAAGGAAAUUGCUACUUGAUAAAAAAGAAUGCCAUUGAAUUUUUGCUGCCUUAUGAACUGUCUUUCUCAAAGGUGCUAUUCCUCUGUAGGCAAUCCUUAGACUUUUUGCCCCCCUCCGAUUUUAACUCCCACAGCCCUCCUCCAGGCUUUGGGAGCAAGUGUGGCUUAGUAAACCACGAAAAGGACAUCCUCGGCAAUUACUAAGCCAUUCUCGCUCUGCAAUGUAUUUAUUUUUUUAAUACUAAACUUUGUCAUUUAGACUGAAAUGUUUUAAUAUCUAUGUUUGCUUCUUAUAAUCAUAUAGUCAGUGGUUCUAUGGAGAUCGAAGAUAAGUUGGUACUAAAUAGAACUGCCUUUAAUAGGUCCAUAAAUCAGAAAUAACGCAUUUAAAAUUUGAAUUUAAAAAUUUACGAGAGAGAUCUGUUUUAGAUCAUUACCCCGUGCAUCUAAUUUUUCUUAAUAAAGUAAAUUAUUCAUUUUCCACAGGUUCAGAAAAUAUUUUUGUCCAAGCAUUUAAUUUUAAUUAGUUUACACUAUAGAUAAAAAUCCCAUUUUAACAUGAAUAGCUUUAAUUAAACGCCCGUUUAAAAUUUUUCAUAGGGUUAUUAUUUUUCAAAUUGAACAAAAUGUUUGUUUCUUAAGUUAGUCAUUUCGUAAAUGCUUUUAAUUUAGAUUUGUCUCAUCAUUGUUAUACUAUACAGGAAAUUCAGCUAAGCAUGUACGCUGUGCAAACUUAGCUGAACCCCUUUUGUAGAACAACAGUAAGACAAAUCCUAAAUUAAAAAAAUUUAGGGAGGGGUAAGUUGCAUUAAGACUGCAAGAAAUUCAGCAUCAAUGCAGGGUCAGAAAUGCCACUUCGCAAUAGUUUUCCAAAGAAGACGAGAACUAAAAAACCAGAACUAACAGAACAAAAUAAUUUUCGAUUACUGAAGACGUAUGCGAAAUGCAUUUGAAAAUGGGCUUCAAAAUGGCGACCAUGAACUUCACCGCAUGUUCAACGUCAUGUCACUUGGUGUCCUAUAUCUUGAAAACAAUUUUCCAAUGGAAGCCCAAGACAGAUGGAUGGCAUGUCUUGCGUAAACUGAUGCCAUGUCUUGGACUUCCACAUCGACAUGCGUGCUACAAGGUCUUCACAAUUCUGAAAGGGGAAUGUUUUACUCUUUGAUAUAACCCUCAGAAGAAGUAAUCAAAGCGUCCUUAAUACGUCGAUCUUACAGGUGGGCAGCUUACGAAUGAUGUUAUCUCAAAAGAUUGUAUAAACGCUCUUUGCCGUCGAACAGCGCCAUCUACGACUUGAACAUGACAUUUCUAACCCUGCAAUGCUGUAUUAUUCUCAUUUGUCUUUGCGCAAUUCUGCCCUCCGCGCAACUGAAGAGCACUGUAUACUAUAACAAAUGAUAGCAGGAGCUCUCCUAUCAUAUCUAUAGUAUGUAUAUAUAUGCAGUAAUAUAUAUGAGUAAUUUCUUAAAUUAUGAACAGUUUUGCUGUUUUCAGUAAUUUCACUGAUAUUAAAUUUGAACUGGAGAAUAAUCUAAAAUGGAAGAUUUGCAAAAACUUAAUCUGAAUUAAAUUUAUGUUUUAAAAAUAAGUAUUCCAUUCAACUCUUAAAUUUUAAGAAAAUGCGUUGAGUUGCCAAUCUGAAACCUAUAUUCUAAAAAAUGUUUUUUAAAAAAUUUCUUUGUCAAAAAUCACGGAAAAAGAAUAUUUACUUCACAUUUAAGUGUCUUUAAAUGAUUGUGUUUUUAUUAUAAAUUUAUAUUGCCAUCAAUAAUUUCAUCCUACUGUGAUGAAAAAUGAAUAAAUAACUAAAAGUUAAAAAAAUAAUAAUAAUAAAACGAAAAGAUAUUGUAUUUUUUGAAUUUUAUUUGUAAUUUUGUACUUAAAAAAAUAUUGAGAUUUGUACGUAUUCAUAUAGUAUGCGAUCUGCUGCAAUAGUUAUUUCAUAAUGGCUUCACUGAAACGCUGUAUUUAAAUAUGGAAAUAAAUACGAACGUACAAAUGAAAAUGAUUCCAUUAAUUGAUCUUAUAACCCAUUUAAAUCUAUAAUUCCAAUAAAGUUACAUAUAAGGGAUGAGUUGGUGACUUUUGCUAGUUUUUUUCAAUAGCUAGCCAGAUCAUCUAUAUAAUAAUAUAAUAACUCGGCAAAGAUUAUUAACAUAUUAAAAGAAAAAAAAAUAAAUAAAAAUGAGACUAAAAUACAGUUUACAAUUAAGAAAUAUGAUACAUUAAAUUAUGCAUAACAUACGAAACAUUACUGUCGUUCUUCCCCUGUAGACAGCGAUCUAUUUUCAAUUAAGAAAAUAUGAAAGAAUUUCAAAGAUUUAGCAUUCGCACUUCAAACAUUUUACGUAUAUAGUGUUAUAUGCAUUAUUAAUUCUCUGCCCGUCCAACACACUGAUCAGUUUACACUUAAAAAAUUUCGAAAAAUUGCAAAUAGUCUGUGGUGCACGUAUUAAAUAUUACAUUUAUUAUAUUUUAUGAAUGGUUUUUCUCCCCUUCUAUCCAGCGACCUACUUUUGCAUCAUAGCAAAUGCCCAAAUCCGGCAUCAUACAGAGUCUCGGCAUUCAGCACAAUAAACAUUAUGUAGAUUGUAUGAUAUAUUACUGUUAUUCUAAUAAACGACAAUCCCAUUAAUUCCGCUUAUUAAGAAACAAGGUUGCCGAAACAAAAUCAUUAAGAAAUAACGAAAAUGGGAGAUUAUGAGGAUAAAACCAUUAUCUGCACGGGAAAUCCUGUGCUUUAUUCUAGACAGGUUUAAAUUUUAAUAGUUUCGCAAUUUAGCAACAAUAGCUUCAUAAAAUAAAAAAAUCAGUACCUUUCAAGUUUGGUCGUGAGAUAAAAUGACUGCAAAAAAAAUAUAAUAAUAUAUAUAUAUAUAUAUAUAUAUAUAUAUAUAUAUAUAUAUAAGCCGUAGAUCGCAUACUACAUGACAGCCGAUUUGUAUAGUGAAUACUUAUAUUAUGUAAUUAUUUAUCAACGAAAAUUAUUUGUCAGUAAAAAAUUACGAUUUUAUGUGAUCAUUCAGCAACAAAAAUUAUUCGUCAGCAAAAAAUGACUGUUUUAUGUGAUUAUUUAUCAACAAAAUUAUUUUUCAGCAAAAAAUUGUUAUUUUAUAUGAUUAUUUAUCAGCAAGAAAUCCUUUAAGAUUUGUAUAUGGUCAAAUUGUGACUGUUGCUUCACUGAAUUCUGUAUUACUUACCUCUUUCUACUGCACGUUUUUACUUUUCAGUAGUUUUGUAUAUUAUGAUUUUUUAAAUGUAUUGUAAAAGAAGUACACGAUACUGAUUAAUUUUCCACUCAAAUUUUAUUUGCGUUCUUUUUAAAGAAAAAAAAUUGUAAAAUACAAAUUCCUAACGCAAACUAAGGAAACGAACAAAUUUUUCAGCAAGUUUCAAGAAGAAACUGUGCAUGGUAAAGUUCUGCAAUUUAAUUUCUUUCUGAAAUAUUUGCGUGCAUUUUUAUGCUUUUAUUUCAUCGUUGGACUUUUUAAAGUAUUAAAAUAUAAUAAUUAUCGAGCUUUUGAAAAAAGGUAAAGUCGAUUUUAACAGAAUGGGACAGGACAGGAGUUCUCGUCCGAAUUCAUCUUCCAAAAGAAAUAGUUUUUCAUCAUGUAGUCUUCUUAAUGAUAAUAAAGUGUUCUUUAAAA